AUGCCAUUGCACUUUGGUCGCGGCGACGACGAGAGGCGGAUCGAACAGAGCAGUGGAGGAAACUGGAAGCGAAAGAGCUCCGAAGUAAGGUGUUGGAUCAACUGUGGCGCUGCCUGGUCCGCUGUGGUCGUGGGGUUGGCUACGUAUGUCGGCACCUUAGCUCUGUCGACUCCCGCGUUUUGGGCGCAACCACUGAAACGUAGCCUUCUGGACGACUUCAACUCUGGCGAAUCAUCGUGA